AUGAAAAGAAUCCUUCUGAUUGCAUAUUGGCUUACUGUGUAUGUCUUGGGAUCAGAGAUCCAUCAAGAUUUUGUGGACAACGUUGACCCGAGUCAAGAUGAAGAUAACCCAGCAUCUGGGUCGACACAUCAUCCUUACGUAGGGAUACCUGUUGGCACAUGGAAAAUGAUUGAUCUGAGCACAGUAGAGAAAGAUGAGAUUUGCAGCGAGCAGCAGACAUUUUGUAGUAAUGAAUGUGGUGGAUACGAUUUAACCAUAGUCAACUUUUGCAAUAGAACAACCAUGGCAUGGAACUGUAAAUGUAAGAACCAUGUACCUGAUACACCGCCUUACGGAUGGCCUAGUACAAUUGCAGAGUGUCAUGGUAAAGAAACUGCAUGUAACAAUGGUUGUUCUUCUGGGUCCACCAAAGCAAUCUGUCUGAAAGCAUGUGGUCAGUACUACAAGUGUAACCAAGCAGGUAGUCCGCCUAGUAGUCUCCGAGUAGACAAUGAAAAUGAUGUACCCAACUAUAGCAUUGCAGGAAUCCAAUCUCCUUUAAAUUCCUCUAAUGCAGCAGUGCAAUGGCAUAUCUCUCUCUCCUCUUUUGUCCAACUAUCCGUAGCGCUCACUACAUUGAUCAUCGUCAUAGUAUAA